UCUUUCCCUGCCGUCUGAUCAUGAUGAAACGCCCCUAAAAGUCCAUGACAAAAACUCCUCACUCUCGUAAAAUGAUUUUAUUCUAAGCAGGAAAGCAAACGGCCAAUAAUUAUUCGACGACGUCAACGACGACGACGACGGCAAAGAAGAGGAAGAAGAAGAAGAAGAAAGAAGCGGAAAGAAAAAGGUCUACAUGGAGGUUCCGAUACUAUCAUUAACAUCGAAGACCACGUCGUACUUGGGUUCGUCUUGCGUUUCUUCUUCUUCUUGGAAUGUUAAGUUGCUUUGUGAGUUUGGGGCGAGGAAGAGGAGAAUGUCAAUACGGUGCGCAAAGGCGUCCGUGGAACGGAGUGGUGAAGCUGCGAUUAAGGAUAGAGAGAGGUUUGCUGGAAGUGCUAUGCAAGUGACCACGCUGGAUCGAAGCUUUGGUGAAGCUGCGGAUUUUCCCGUUUGGGAUAAGAUUGGUGCUGUUGUUAGACUCAGCUAUGGAAUCGGGAUAUAUGGGGCAAUGGCGCUAGCUGGGAGGUUUAUAUGUUCAAUUACUGGAAUCGACAGCAUGGGAGGUUUUCAUCCUUCAUUAGAUGCCGUUCUUGAAGGACUUGGCUAUGCAGUUCCUCCAAUCAUGGCCCUUCUUUUCAUAUUAGAUGAUGAAGUAGUGAAAGUAUCUCCUCAUGCUCGUGCAAUAAGAGAUGUGGAGGAUGAGGAAUUAAGGAGCUUCUUUUAUGGAAUGUCACCUUGGCAGUUUAUUCUUAUGGUUGCUGCCAGCUCAGUGGGAGAGGAGCUUUUCUACAGGGCUGCUGUUCAGGGAGCAUUAGCUGAUAUAUUCCUGAGAGGCACUGAGUUGGUUUCAGAUGCUCGAGGAAUGGCAUCUCUGACUGGUGUGCUGCCUCCCUUUGUCCCAUUUGCUCAGGCAUUUGCUGCUGUUAUAACGGCUGCUCUUACAGGCUCUCUUUAUUAUGUGGCUGCCUCUCCAAAAGAUCCUACUUAUGUUGUUGCACCAGUUCAACGGUCUCGCCCUGCUCGUGAAGAUCUGAAAAAGCUAUUCAUAGCCUGGUAUGAGAGGAGACAAAUGAAGAAGAUCUACUCUCCCCUUUUGGAAGGAAUAUUGGCCCUUUACCUUGGAUUUGAAUGGAUCCAGACGGACAACAUUCUUGCACCCAUUAUCACACAUGGUAUUUACUCCGCUGUUGUUUUGGGACACGGUCUUUGGAAGAUACAUGACCACCGGCGAAGGCUACACCAGAGAAUUCAACAGCUUAAAUCGGAAGGAAAGAGCUCAAACAAACUAUAAGGAGCUGUUGAUGGGAGGAAUUUUGUAUAUUACAGAGUCUAGAAAGCUAGAAAUAUUAUGGAUUAGGAUUGUUGUAUAAUGUAGAAAUACGUUUAUAUACUAACAGUGUGCUGAAAGGUUACGGCACGCCCAAUGUAUCAAACAAUAAAUGAAAUUUCACUAUUGAUACCAGAUUUUUCUAGCGUUAAAAACAAUGGGAACAAAAAGAAAAUGAAAGAAAGGUUCUCCAAGUUGGCUGGCAUAAGCUUGCGAGCUUUUCUGUC